UACUUAUCUUGAUUAUUCCUUGUGACUUUGUAAUAACAUUUGAUGUAAAUUGUUGCUAGUGCUGGUAAAGGCCAUAUAACAAUGUCUCACUCUCUUUGUCUCCUACAGGUUUGAACGGCCUAUGAGCUGACGUCUGAAGACCUCAGCUCUGAUUAUUAGCCAACAAGCCUAUAAUUUCUCUCAUACAGUACUUGUUUUUAUGGUAUACUAUAUUCAUCUAUAGUUAUUUAUAUUAGUUUUUUACUUUUAGUCUUUCCAGAACUAUAUUAAAAGACUUCUUCCCCACCUCAUUAUAAAUGUCUCUUUUUCCAUUUCCUGGUUGCAGUCUGUCAGAUUGAGCACCGCCUCUCCUGCUGGCAGGCUAGUGCUAUAUGGACUUGUACAUGAUGAACUGUGAGCUUUUGACAACAUGCAGUGCCCUGGGUUACCUGGAGGGAGACACCUACCACAAAGUACCUGACUGUCUAGGUGAGCUACUACACACGUUGGCUAACAACACUUGCUGUGCUAUAAACACAGUGCUGAAGGUAGUAAUGUGUACUAGGACCCAGACUUGAAGUGAAGUACUGUGUUUAGGGAGGAUUUACAGUAUAUUUACUAUCAAAUCAACUUAACUUACUUGUAUUAAUCUGAGCUAGGCCUAACUGCACUAAAUAAAUAAUGUAAAUCCUGUACAGGGCUGUUAUGCACACUGCAUGUGCAACCUCUGACCCUGUGUGUGUCCCCUGUAGAGAGUGUGAAGGACCUGAUCCGGUACAUGCGGCAUGAGGAUGACACGUGGGACACCCGUCAUCAGCUGGGGGCGGGCCAGAUCCUCCAGAACGACCUGCUGCCCAUCAUCACCCAGCAUAGCCAGGACAAGGCCCUGUUUGACGCCUGCAUCAGGUACACUACACAGCCUCAGUACAGGCCUACAGGGACACUUGGCUAGAAAAUGGAGGACUUAACUUGUGUACAGUGAGGGAAAAAAGUUUUUGAUCCCCUGCUGAUUUUGUACGUUUGCCCACUGACAAAGAAAUGAUCAGUCUAUAAUUUUAAUGGUAGGUACUCCUGAGUGGCGCAGUGGUCUAAGGCACUGCAUCGCAGUGCUAACUGUGCCACUAGAGAUCCUGGUUCGAAUCCAGGCUCUGUCGCAGCCGGCCGCGACCGGGAGACUCAUGGGCGGCGCACAAUUGGCCCAGCGUCGUCCAGGGUAGGGGAGGGAAUGGCCGGCAGGGAUGUAGCUCCGUUGAUAGAGCAUGGCGUUUGCAACGCCAGGGUUGUGGGUUUGAUUCCCACGGGGGGCCAGUAUAAAAAAAUAUGUAUUCACUAACUGUAAGUCGCUCUGGAUAAGAGCGUCUGCUAAAUGACUAAAAUGUAAAUGUAACAGUGAGAGACAGAAUAACAACAAAAAAAUCCAGAAAAACGCAUGUAAAAAAUGUUAUAAAUUGAUUUGCAUUUUAAUGAGGGAAAUAAGUAUUUGACCCCCUCUCAAUCAGAAAGAUUUCUGGCUCCCAGGUGUCUUUUAUACAGGUAACGAGCUGAGAUUAGGAGCACACUCUUAAAGGGAGUGCUCCUAAUCUCAGCUUGUUACCUGUAUAAAAGACACCUGUCCACAGAAGCAAUCAAUCAAUCAGAUUCCAAACUCUCCACCAUGGCCAAGACCAAAGAGCUCUCCAAGGAUGUCAAGGACAAGAUUGUAGACCUACACAAGGCUGGAAUGGGCUACAAGACCAUCGGCAAGCAGCUUGGUGAGAAGGUGACAACAGUUGGUGCGAUUAUUCGCAAAUGGAAGAAACACAAAAGAAAUGUCAAUCUCCCUCGGCCUGGGGCUCCAUGCAAGAUCUCACCUCGUGGAGUUGCAAUGAUCAUGAGAACGGUGAGGAAUCAGCCCAGAACUACACGGGAGGAUCUUGUCAAUGAUCUUAAAGCAGCUGGGACCAUAGUCACCAAGAAAACAAUUGGUAACACACUACUCCAUGAAGGACUGAAAUCCUGCAGCGCCCGCAAGGUCCCCCUGCUCAAGAAAGCACAUAUACAGGGCCGUCUGAAGUUUGCCAAUGAACAUCUGAAUGAUUCAGAGGAGAACUGGGUGAAAGUAUUGUGGUCAGAUGAGACCAAAAUGGAGCUCUUUGGCAUCAACUCAACUCGCCGUGUUUGGAGAAGGAGGAAUGCUGCCUGACCCCAAGAACACCAUCCCCACCGUCAAACAUGGAGGUGGAAACAUUAAGCUUUGGGGGUGUUUUUCUGCUAAGGGGACAGGACAACUUUACCGCAUCAAAGGGACGAUGGACGGGGCCAUGUACCGUCAAAUCUUGGGUGAGAACCUCCUUCCCUCAGCCAGGGCAUUGAAAAUGGGUCGUGGAUGGGUAUUCCAGCAUGACAAUGAUCCAAAACACACGGCCAAGGCAACAAAGGAGUGGCUCAAGAAGAAGCACAUUAAGGUCCUGGAGUGGCCUAGCCAGUCUCCAGACCUUAAUCCCAUAGAAAAUCUGUGGAGGGAGCUGAAGGUUCGAGUUGCCAAACAUCAGCCUCGAAACCUUAAUGACUUGGAGAAGAUCUGCAAAGAGGAGUGGAACAAAACCCUCCUGAGAUGUGUGCAAACCUGGUGGCCAACUACAAGAAACGUCUGACCUCUGUGAUUGCCAACAAGGGUUUUUCCACCAAGUACUAAGUCAUGUUUUGCAGAGGGGUCAAAUACUUAUUUCCCUCAUUAAAAUGCAAAUCAAUUUAUAACAUUUUUGACAUGCGUUUUUCUGGAUUUUGUUGUUGUUAUUCUGUUUCUCACUGUUCAAAUAAACCUACCAUUAAAAUUAUAGACUGAUCAUGUCUUUGUCAGUGGGCAAACGUACAGAAUCAGCAGGGGAUCAAAUACUUUUUUCCCUCACUGUAUAUGUAGUUCAUCCCUAAACAAAUUGUAAGAAGCCUGGAUGGAUGUUGGAUAUUGGAUCCUGUGGGGUUGUAUUUUGGUUGGAGUGUGGUUCUAAUGCUGUCUCUCUGUUUCCCCCACAGGCUCAUGGUCAACCUUACCCAACCUGCUCUGCUCUGCUUCGGUAAAGUCCCAGAUGACCCCACUGUCAGACCACUUCCUGCAAGUGGUGUCCUAUUUACAGGCCUAUAAGGAGGUAGGAGUGGUGCCACUAUGUUUGUGUCCCAAAUGGCAACAUAUUCCCUUUAUAGUGCACUACUUUUUACCAGAGCCCUAUGGGCCUUGGUCAAAAGUAGUGCCCAUAUAUAGGGAAUAGGGUGCCAUUUGGGACACGUCCUCUGUACACUGUGUGCACAAUUAUUAGGCAAGUCAGUAUUUUGACCAUAUCAUCAUUAUUAUGCAUAUUUCCCAACUCCAAGCUGUAUAAACUGGAAUGCUUAUUGGAUUUAAGCAUAUCAGGUGAUGUGUAUUUGUGUAAUGAGGGUGGGUGUGGCCUAAGGAGAUCAACACCCUAUAUCAAGGUGUGUAUAAUUAUUAGGCAGCUUCUUUUCCUCAGGCAAAAUGGGCCAAAAAAGAGAUUUAACUGACUUUGAAAAGUCAAAAAUUGUACAAAGUAUUUCAGAGGGAUGCAGCACUCUUGAAAUUGCUAAGAUAUUGGGGCGUGAUCACAGAACCAUCAAACGUUUUGUUGCAAAUAGUCAGCAGGGUCGCAAGAACCGUGUUGAUAUAAAAAGACGCAAAUUAACUGCCAAAGAUUUGAGAAGAAUCAAACGUGAAGCUACCAGGAACCCAUUAUCCUCCAGUGCUGUCAUAUUCCAGAACUACAACCUACCUGGAGUGCCCAGAAGUACAAGGUGUUCAGUGCUCAGAGACAUGGCCAGAAACCCGACCACCACUGAACAAGACACAUAAGUUGAAACAUCAAGACUGGGCCAAGAAAUAUCUGAAGACAGAUUUUUCAAAGGUUUUAUGGACUGAUGAGAUGAGAGUGACUCUUGACGGACCAGAUGGAUGGGCCCGUGGCUGGAUCAGUAACGGGCACGGAGCUCCACUUCGACUCAGACGCCAGCAAGGUGGAGGUGGGGUACUGGUAUGGGCUGGUAUUAAAGAUGAGCUAGUUGGACCUUUUCGGGUUGAAGAUGGACUCAAACUCAACUCCCAAACCUACUGCCAGUUUUUAGAAGACCCUUUCUUCAAGCAGUGGUACAGGAAAAAGUCUGCAUCUUUCAAGAAGACCAUGAUUUUUAUGCAGGACAAUGCUCAAUUGCAUGCGUCGAAGUACUCCACUGCGUGGCUAGCCAGUAAAGGCCUUAAAGAUGAAAGAAUAAUGACAUGGUCCCCUUUCUCACCUGACCUAAACCUUAUUGAGAACUUGUGGUCCCUUCUUAAACGGUCGAUUUACGGUGAAGGAAAACAGUACACCUCUCUGACCAGUGUCUGGGAGGCUGUGGUUGAAAAGAAGGGUGGCUAUAUUGGUCACUGAUUUUUUGUUGUUGUUGAAAUGUCAGAAAUGUUUAUUUGUACAUUUUGAGUUUAUUAUUCUCACUUUAACAGAUGAAAAUAAACAAGUGAGAUGGAACUUUUUGUUUUUCAUUUAGUUGCAUAAUAAUUGUGCACACUAAUAGUUGCCCAAUAAUUGUGCACACAUAGAUAUUAUCCAAAGAAAGCCAAAACCUCACUUACUUUCUUAAAUAUUCAGGUUUGAAUAGGUUGAGUAGUUGUUCAAUAAUAAAAUUAAUCCUCAAACAUACAACUUGCCUAAUAAUUGUGCACACAGUGUAAUGAUUAUCUAUUUGAGCCCACUCUAGGGGGGAAGAGUGGAGGACUACGGUAUGAGCAGUAUGAUUGACUGUUCUCCCUAUGUCUCUCCCUCUCCUCAGGCCUUUGCCAAUGAGAAGGUGUUUGGAGUUCUGAGUGAAACCCUGUACAAUCUGCUGAAACUGGUGAGUGUUGCACUUUCAGACCAACACACCACAGAAUGGAGUCCUCCACAAAUUUUCAAAAAAAGAGAGAGAAGCAUUGGCCGUGUGUUAAAUAAUUCUCUCUCUCCCUCUCAGGACUGGGAGCAGAGGCAGGAGGAGGACAACCUGCUGAUAGAGAGGAAUGUACUGCAUGUCCCCGCUGACUCCUACGAGGAGAAGGUCAGAGUUCACUGUGUCCGGUUAUGCUGUGACCCCAUUCAGUAAAUUCCCAUUCCCAAGCAGCAGUUCCUGCUGAGGUUUUUAGCCUUGGUCCAUUACCAUGGCUCGCUCAUCAGAGCAACACUCAAUGUCUGCCAUGUUGAAUCAUCUCAAUCACUCACUGUAUUGUCUUUCUUGUUGUCUUGUCUAUUUUACUACCCUUCCCUACUCCCCCCUCUGUCUUUCUCUUGCCUCUCCUCUUUUCCUCUCUCACCGCUUUUUCUCUCCCUAUCUCCUCCAUCUUCUAUCCUUUCUGCCUCCGCCCUCCUUUCUCCUCUGGUAUUACAUUUACAUUUUAGUCAUUUAGCAGACGCUCUUAUCCAGAGCGACUUACAGUUAGUGAAUGCAUACGUUUAUUUUUUAUUUUAUUUUUUCAUACUUGGCCCCUGUGGGAAACAAACCCACAUCCCUGCCGGCCAAACCCUCCCCUACCUUGGACAACGCUGGACCAAUUGUGCGCCGCCCAUGGGUCUCCCGGUUGCGGCCGGCUGCGACAGAGCCUGGACUCGAACCAGGAUCUCUAGUGGCACAGCUAGCACUGCGAUGCAGUGCCUUAGACCACUGCACCACUCGGGAGUCAAUGUAGAACGUGGACGAUGAUGCCAGUGUGCAUGACAAGCUGCUGUGGGCCAUCCACAUAAGUGGUCUGGACGACCUGAUCAAGUUCCUGGUCUCUGCGCAGAGCGAGCAGCAGUGGACCAUGCAUGUGUUGGAGGUCAUUUCCCUCAUGUUCAGAGACCAGGUGAGACCUGAGAGAAACACACCUGGGCCCAUAUUCAUAACAUAUCUGAGUAGGGUAGCUGAUCUAGGACUAGGUACCUGUCCGUGUAAUUGCAUGCAUCAAAAAGGCUGAGAAUGAAUUAAUCAAACAUUCCAGCUUCUGCUUCACCCAAUAUGGCUGCCCAUACACAGCCCACAGAAUGACUUUUUUAGUGAAAGUGUCCAUUCUAUUGAUUCUAAUUCUAUGUUCUACCUCCCUGCAGACGCCUGAGCUCCUGGUGAGUGCGGGUCAGGCUCGUUCAACUCAGGAGAAACAGAGAGAUGUUCAGGAGCUGGAGGUGCUACGACAGAAAGAGCAGGCGGAGAAACUCAGCCGCACCCUCCAGAGAGGAACCAGGUAACUACACUGAUCUCAGAGCAGAGGUAGAUUUGAAUAAACAAACUGACCUCAGAGCAGUUAAAGAGAACAAGAUAUUCUCUAGAGAGAAGCCAGGUGAAAACCCCUGUGAUUUGCAUGCUUUUGUAUUGUCUGAUGCCUUUUCCUCUCCUUAGACACUCUCGCUUUGGAGGCUCCUACGUGGUUCAGGGACUCAGGUCCAUCGGAGAGAAAGACGUGAUCUACCACCGAGGCCUUCACAACGUGAGUGUCAAAUUCUGGAGCCAUGCCCCAAAAUCGUAUUACCAGGGAGUUGGCAUUUAAAGCAAAAAUAAACAAAGGUCAAAGCUAUUUUAACGAAUGGAAAAAACAAGCUGAAAUGUCAAGCAGUUGAAUCUGUCGUAACUCGUUGUCCUCCUUGUUACAUAUCUUUGGUGUUUUUCUCCUAGUUCAAGAACUACACACACGAUGAAGGCAAGGCGGUGAGACGUGUGCCCAAGCGAAAGCUGCACGCUCGGGACACGGAGGGCAAAAGCUGCUCAGCCCUAAACGUGCGCCUAUUCCUGCGCGAGUUCUGUGUGGACUUUCUGGAGAACUGCUACAACCGCCUCAUGUACCUGGUCAAGGUGAGGAGAAUGGGUCACAACACCUAAUGAUGACUCAAAAAAAUACUAUCACACUGGAUGAUGCCUCAUGAUGUUCAAGACAGGGGGUGCGUCCCAAUAAUCUCUCCUUCCUCCUGAAGUGUGCUACUCGUUCAUUACUUACAAAUUUAAAAUCAUUGUAUUAAUGUUGGAAUGGGCUAGAGGGAGUAUAUAUUUUUUUUUAUUGAAGGGAAGUGAACAAGUGUACACUUCAGGGAGAAAGUAAAGAUUGUUGGGACUCACACACUGACUCUAAUUUUGAAAGAUUGAAAAGAACAAAGAACAAUAAAUGCUGUGUAACACUGUGGAUCCAGUUCAAUAGAUUUACUGGGUUUCCUGGCCCAGCCAAAAGCAACAUUCUUCCUGCAUAGCUAGAAGGCAUGUUUGGAUUUUGAAAAUGUUGUUUUUUGACUUUAUCCCAGAAACUCAGUUACCACAUUUUGAUUGACUAAAGCCCUUGUGGUUUGAGGCCUGUUUAGCCACAGCAAUCACAUUGCAGACUCUCAGGCCUAUCUAUGCAAAUUGAUCUGAUCUAAGUGCAGUUUGCCACAGCACUGACAGCUGGGCUGCGUUCAGUACAUAAACACGCAAUAGAAAGUUAAAUUGAACGGAAACGGUGCUGUACUAAACGACCAGUUGAAAAAUGGGGAGGGGUUGGGAUGUGGGUUCAAAACGCUCCGCUGCUUUUUAAAUACGCCACUCAUUGCUUCAAGCCCCACACCAGCACACCCAUCGAAUGGAGCAAUGGUAUCUCCAAGUCUGUUCAAGAACGUACAAGAACGUUUUGGGGAAACAUGUCGUUCAGUACAAACCGUUCCGCAAACGUUCAAGCGAACUGAAAGCACCCCUGGUCUUUCUAUCUGGUUCCACAGGAGGGGCUGAUCAGGGAACAGGCGCAGCAGCACGAUGAGACCUACUACCUCUGGGCCAUCAGCUUCUUCAUGGCCUUCAAUCACGGCAACUGUUUCCGUGCCGACCUGGUCUCCGAGACCAUGUCCAUCCGUGCCUUCCACUUCAUCGAGUGCAACAUCACCAACUACUACGAGAUGAUGCUCACCGACCGCAAGGAGGCCACGUCCUGGACCCAUAGGUGGGUGUGGCAAACAGGGUUAUUGUUUUAAGGGCACCAUGUUGGCACCAAAAGUUUGAAGUCUAACUGGAAUGUUAUCAUAAUGGACCAUUUGGGGCCCACAUGGAGGAUAGCUUAUAAAUAUCUGUAUAUCUUUGGUUUUGAACGUAAGAAAUACCAUUUUUCUACCAGGAUGCACCUGGCUCUGAAGGCGUACCAGGAGCUGCUGCUGACGGUGAACGAGGGACCACUCCUGAGAUGAGAACAUCAGACAGGGCGCCAACGUCAUCAAGAGUGAGACUCCUCUCCCUUCUUCUCCUCUUUUCUUGUUUAAUCUCCUCUUUGUUUUCUCUUUCAUUCUUUUUCUAAACUAAACAUCUAAAUCCUUUGUCUCUCCCUCUAGGUAACAUAUUCUACCUGAUGGAGUACAGGGAGAUCUUCUUGACUCUGCUGAGGAAGUUUGAGACCAAGCAGCCGUGUUCCUUCCUCAGGGACCUGGUGGAGUCCACCCACCUCUUCCUGCGCAUGCUGGAGCGUUUCUGCAAGGGACGCAACAACCUGGUGGUGCAGGUGAGCCUCAAUCUCUAUUCACAGACAGAUAGGGGGCCCUAGAGGGGUGAUGGGCUGAAGGAAUUAGGGGGAAUAGUUAAUCACAUAGCGAAGUUGCGAAACUAUCUUUUGCCAAAGAUGUAUGUUUCUGAAAACAGAUUGUUGUUGACCUGAACAUACGAACAUCAAUUGACAGCUCAACCCUUUGUCCCUAGAUAGUUAAUGAAUAACGCUUCUUCUGCUUCCCUCCUCCUGCAGAAGAAACGUGCGAAGCGUAAGAAGUCUAAGGGCCGAAAGAAUCUGACUGCAGCAGAGACCACCCCCGAGGCCCUGGAGGAGACCUGGAGGGCUGUGACAGAGGAGCUGAGGGUCACCGGCUUUAAGGUCAUUGUUGUGGAUCAGCCUUAGGGACAGCCAGGGGACAGUUAACAUGUGGUGCAGCUAGCUUUUCUUGUCUACUCUCCACCAGACUGCAGGGGGCCCAUUCUAUUUGCUGAGCCAGGUUGUUUCAUGGCUGCCCUCAUGGCUUCACCUUGUAGUGUUAGACUGUUAACAGACAGCUAGGGAAGAGUUCAUGGGUGCAUCUCAGUAGUCUAAAGUGGAUUCCUCUCCUUGUCUCGUUUCCUUCAUAAUAUUGACUGGUCUGAAAGAUCUGAGCCGGUGACAUCAAAUAACCAAAUACCAUAUUGCUUUCCCCUAUUGUAUGUGUAGAUCAGAUCAUCGCAGAUGAAGGACAUAAGACAAGUAGAGGAAGACUGUCAUCUAUUGAGAUGCAGCCCUAUUGUGUUGCUGUCAGCAUGUGUACGAGUGCUAAAUCUGGGUCUCCCUAUCUGUGUGGCUGCAGUUGUCGGAGGCUCUGACAGAGGGCGCUGUGCCGUUUAACGCUGUGUCAGACACUCCCCUGGAGGAGCAGAGGACUGAGGCCAUGGUGCGUGUCCAGGAUGCCCUGUUCAACAGACUGGGCCCUGAGGCUCUGGGCCUGCUACGAGCCGUCAGGUCAGUCGCACUCAAUCUGACUCUGCUCCCAUAGACUUCUUUUGGGAUACUGUAGAUGCAUUAGCUAUUGAACACUAAUACUUUUUUAUUUUAUUUGAAUGUACUUUUCUUAAACUCAAAGUGCCCUAGAUCCACGUGGGUCGAUCCACCAAUGGUCAAAACAGCAUCUUGAUCUGAGCCUACUUUUUGGGCCAUUUGACUUUGCAAUCACAAAAGGUAUGGUUGUCAUAAUUGUGUCUCUAUAUAUUUCUGUUCACAGGGAGGUCUGGCCAGAGGGAGAUGUGUUUGGUUCAGCUGAUGUGGAGCCAGAGGAGGAACUGGAGCUCCUCAAACAGAUCCUCUUAGCCAACCUGCCCAGUGAGUGUCUGUCAUUUUAGUCUUUUUUUUUUUUUUAGCAGACGCUCUUAUCCAGAGCGACUUACAGUUAGUGAGUGCAUACAUUUUUCAUACGUCUGUCUGUGGUACUUUAUAAAACAUGGGAUCAAUAUGAUUUAAUCUGACAUAUGUACAGUAGCAGAUACAUUCAUUUGUACUAAAAUGAGGUAGAUGACGAGAACCCGUUUUUAUUUGUUCAUGCUGGGCUGAUGCACAUACUCUCCAUGAAGAGACACUUUGUUUUGUUUCCAGGGCCCCCUCCCCCUGAACCUGGGAUGGAGGAGGAUGAAGAGCUGGAGUCUGUACGAGUGUCUGAGACGGAGUUCAACUUUCUGGAUUUCAUCAAGAGGUGA